AAAAAAAAAAACAGAACUUCAAUUCCACUGUUACAGAUGCUAAACAUUCUUUCUCAAUAUGGAAAUGUUUCUGGAGUUUCUGAUCCUCUUUGGGUCCAUCGGGAAAUCGAGUCCUUGAAACAUGUAUUCGCGGUGAGGAUGAAUCUUGGUGAUCCUGAGUUCGUUAAUGUGACUAAUGUUCUAGCUGACAUGCUUUCUCCUAAGUUUGCUGAGGAGUUAAAGAAGACCAUAUAUGACAACAGGACUUUUGACCCAAGCCAUUAUGGAGGCAGGUGGAACCAGAUCCAUGAUCAUGGAACCAGUCAUUUGUCCAUCAUAGAUAAUGAGCAAAAUGCCGUCUCCAUGACUACUACUGUGAAUGGAUAUUUCGGUGCACAAAUACUGUCGUCAAGUACAGGAAUCAUUUUAAACAAUGAAAUGGGCGACUUCUCUAUACCUGGAAAUGAUUCUACAGUUCCACCUCCAGCACCGCCCAAUUUCAUCAGGCCAGGAAAGAGGCCAUUAUCAUCCAUGACACCUACUAUAGUCCUGAAGGUAAUGCAUAAGCGAUAUGGAGAAAUGAGGAGAGAGA